AACUCCCGUCUGGUGAACAUUGUUUUGUGCGGAGGCGCCCGGCAGGUCCAUGUGUCUGUGCCUGUAGUCACGUGACCCAGCCGGACCCACACGGUAACAAGUCGAGCUGCAGUGAAGCUAGGCUAGGCUAGCUGAAGCCGGAUGAUGUGGCUGGAAGAAGACACCGCUCCACGGAAUGUCCGCGACAAACCAGCGGGUUGGAGAAGAUGACGACAGGAUGUCAGAAACUGUAAAUACUGCUCCGGUUUCAAACGACAGGAAAACGUCCCUGCCAUGGCAGCUGGUGUCACCGUACUGACGGACCGGCCCUACACUGUCAGUGAUUUCCAGACAAGAGAGAUAAGUGCAGAAAUGGAGACAGCGAGUACAAGAGUCCCCACAGCCAAGUACACCAAGAUGGGAGAGACUCUGAGGCACGUUAUCCCCGGUCACAUGCAGUGCUCCAUGACCUGUGGAGGGAAGGCCUGUAAAUAUGAAAACCCCUCUCGCUGGAGUGAUGAGGAGCAAGCCAUCAAGGGACUCUAUUCAUCCUGGAUUACUGACAAUUUGCUGGCUAUGGCAAGGCCUUCCACUGAAAUCAUAGAGAAAUAUAAUAUAAUCCAACAGUUUCAAAGGUGUUCUUUGAAGACUGUCAUCAACCUGCAGCGACCCGGUGAACAUGCCAGCUGUGGAAAACCACUGGAGCAGGAAAGUGGUUUCACUUAUCGACCCGAGACUUUCAUGGAGGCGGGCAUCUAUUACUAUAACUUUGGAUGGAAAGACUAUGGUGUAGCAUCUCUAACCACAAUUCUUGAUAUGGUGAAAGUCAUGUCGUUUGCUGUUCAGGAAGGGAAAAUGGCGGUCCACUGCCACGCUGGUCUUGGAAGGACAGGUGUGCUACUGGCCUGUUACCUGGUCUUCACCACUCGGAUGAAUGCUGACCAAGCUAUUCUGUUUGUACGAGCAAAGAGACCCAACUCCAUCCAGACAAGAGGGCAGCUUCUGUGUGUCAGAGAGUUCGCCCAGUUUCUGGUUCCUCUGAGAAGUAUUUUUUCAUGUGCAGAACCCAAAACAAGCGCAGUCAACUUGUCCCAGUACCUCAUCAGGCAGCGUCACCUGCUGCAUGGCUACGAGGCUCGGCAGAUGAAAAAUGUGCCAAAGAUAGUCCAGCUGGUGUGCAGGCUCCUCCUCAACAUUGCAGCCAACAGACAGGUGAUGGUGAAGGAACAGUGGCUGGAGAUUCCUGACCUGACAGCUGAGGUGGAGAAAACUGUGUCCCAGCAGGCUCUUCAACAACUUGGCAAAGAAAUGAUUGGAAAAGGGAUCCCUGUACUACCUUCUUCACUGCAUACGCUCAGUCCACCACCGCUUCAUUGGGAUCAACCUCUCGCUAGUGACAAUGAGCUCGACCCUCUGUGGAGGCAGCAGAAUCUAGAAAGUUCUCACAGAUCUUCUCUGUCCAACAGCAGGAGCCUCAGUGACUCUCUGCUUCACAAGUAUGGACAAGUGCAGCACCAAGACACAAAUCUAAAGAACAGAUUUUUGUCCCACAGCAACCUUGCAGCCUGCAACUCUUCCAGUUGGUGGUAUCUUUGUCCACAAGAUGUCCUGAGCAGUAUUCAAGAUCUAAAGACAGAAGCAAAUCCAGGCACCAGGCACAUCAUUUACCAAAAAUCACUACAAAAGCGGCAACACAGCCUGACUUUGGAGCUAUUUGAGCAUGGAAGGAAAGCCCUUUGUAAUGCACCACCUUCUAUUCUGCUGAAGAACAGUGAGACGUCUGUGAACAGAGGACCAGACAGAGGACUGGCUGCAGAGCUGCCUUGUGCUGCUCUUCACUCCGAGCUCUCCUCAGAAAGCAGACGGGUGCUGGUGGCUAGAGCUCUGGCCUUGGACCUGAAGGACAUGGCGCUCUCCUCUAAAGUCUCCUGGUGGCAGACAGAGCUGAACUCCAGAGAGGGAACGUGGGAGAGGCUGUGCACUGAGAAAGACCCUCAGGUUCUCUCCUGUCUCAUGUGGUCAUGGCUGGAGCAGCUCAAAGAUCCAAUCAUCACUCAGGAGGACGUAAAGAUUCUCAGUGAGAAGAAUAUAAACCUACAGAAUGUUAUCAACUCGCUGGACAAGGGCCCUGGUCUCACUUUGUUGUGUGUCCUUGACUGUGCUGCUCGUCUCCUGCCUGCGCCUGAAGAAGUUGUGACAAUGUUUCUUAACCAAACGAUCAAAGUAUUCACCAAGACUGAUCCAGCCUCAGACAAGAAUGAGUCUUUGUACAGAACAUUGAAAUCAGUCCUGGCUCCUCUUCUUCAGGAGCUGCGGGACAAAGCUGAAGAGUCCUGAUCAGUCUGGACACCGUCCCAAACAGGGUUUACUGUCCUUGUUGACACAAUACUGGAUCCAAAGCCAGUUCUUUGAACCAAAUCCUACUGAGAUCUGCCAAUCUGUGUUCUUUAAGCAGUUUGAUGUCAUUAAAAGGUUUAAGGUUCUGUUUUCAUUUUGCCAUUUUUGAUUUAACGUGCCACUGCUUAGUUUGAAACACAUCUGUUAUCUGUUCUAGUCAAAUGUUUUUGUGGCUUGUGUUAUUUAACUCUUAAGGUAGUAUUUCACUGGGCUCUGACUGUUAGUGACUAGUUGACUCAUAAUUGCAGGAAAAGUGGCAAAUUUUUCUGUUGCUUUCUCACUGAUUUCUGUUUGUGACAAAUGAGCCGUGUGGUCAUGUGUUGAGUAGAGUUGUUGAAAAUCAAGGCCUGUUUUCAUGUGAAUGGCAUGUAAACCUGUGUUUUAGGCUGUGCACAUUGUUUUGUUGUCCACUUCCAACCAUAUUGUAUCUACUUCAGCAUGCUACGGUGGGAAAAAAAGUAUUUAUUCAGCCGCCAAUUGUUCAAGUUUUCGCACUUAAAAAGAUGAGAGAGGCCUGUAACUGACAUCAUAGUUAGACCUCAACUAUGAGAGAAAAAAUCAUGUUUCCUGACUCACUGAUAGCAAAUCAUGUGUUGCAUCAUGCUUACGAUGCCUAGAAAAAAAUCACACACUCCGAUCGGCACAGCCUUCCUGCAGGGGGCGUUACCUGUAUUAAUGGCACCUGUUUGAACUUAUCAGUAUAAAAGACACCUGUUCACAGCCUCAAACAGUCACACUCCAA